AAAUUAAUUUCAGUUUCAGCAUUUUCCCCAAAGUAAAAAAAAAAAAAAGUUAUUUCUUUUGUUAAUUGAGAAUAGCUGUAAAUAUGGCAACAUGAGGGCAGAAAGUUUGGGAACCACUGUCCUAUUCUAUAAUCUUGAUAUUUAAUUUUUACAGAUAUGUACACAGUUAAAUAUUUGUUUUCAAUGGGUAAGGGUACAUUUCCUGAGUACAAUUUCCAGGCCAAGUGAAGAAUAAACUAAAAUACUGUAAGGUUUGAUGUGAAAUCUAGCUGGGACAACACAUCAUUUUCAUUGUGCACUGCAAUGUUGUUUGCUUACUGGUACUGAGAAAUAUUCCUCCAUCCAUCAGUCAUUUCAGUUCACUUCAGUUUUGGCAGUACAUGUAUCUGGGGAUGGAUACCAAGUUUAUUUUCAGUUCAGAAGAAUAGGUAAACUAUAGUUCGACAUGUUUCUAUUUGUAGACAGACACGUACUAAGACAGUAAGUGUCAAAUAUAGUAUAAGUCCACCCCACCCCCAUCUCCUAAAUUGAGGAUGAUGUUCGACCUGUAUAACUGCUAAUUAUAGUGGGGUAUGAUUUUGUUCAUGACUGCAGUUUAAGUAGGUCAUGUUUCAUCCUGGGUAGGUAACUGUGGUUGGUUUAUAAAAUAUGAAGAUCCAUGACUAAGAUGUGGUGUAUUUGAGUUGGGUUAGGUUAGUCUUUGGCAACUUACAUGCAAGUAAGUAGACUUUAAGUAAGUAGUAGAUUAAUCCAGGUGGAAUUAAUCUGUGUGACGACAGAAGUAUGUUGUCAAAGUGUCUUGCUCUUUGACCAAACAAUGAGAUAGAAUGCAAAUGUCUCCGUAGCUCACGCCUUGUUUUACUAGAUUACAAUAUGUGGCCAAAGGCACUAGAAACUGUUUUGUAAAAUAGCUGUUGACAUAUUCCUCUCUUGUACAACUCAUUUUAAAUAGCUGAAUUGUGUAACUUUUAACACAUUUCUCUUUCUGAAUAACAGAGUUGCUCAGGUUCUGAAAUUUAAUGUAACCCAAGUACACCUAACAUAUGGAGUUUAUCUGUAUUUCUAUUGACAAGCCUGUUUUGGUUUGAGGCCGAGGGCGGUUGGCUAUAGUCAAAUGCUGACUAUAGUUCACGAGCCUCUGUAGUUGUGUAAAAACAGAAAAUCCUCAUUAGAUACAUUGUGUGCACAUUGAGGAAACCUUUGCGAUGUCGAUCCUUUAGAAACAAUAAAUAGGGUGUGUUGGCACAAAAAAUUAUUAUUUCUGUUGUCAUUAUUUUGAGUGAUGUUUUUAAGAGACUUUGGAGAUAGUGACAUCCUAGCGAUCAACUUUUUAAUUUGUUAUGUAUAAUGUUGGUUUUCCUGGAUGUAAAAGGACUGUGAAUGUGCUUUAAUUAGCUUUGUAAAAGCAGCACAGUCACUGGAACAAGCCACGGUUGGUAAAUUCUUCGAGCCCCCUCUGAGGGGGACAAUGCAGGCCUGCUGAGGGGAGGCAUUUCAGUGGGCUACUCAAAUGCUUCAAACAUGCCAGAAUAAAAGUGUUUAAGCUGUUGUUUGAAGAGCAUGUCAGUCAACAUUCAAGAGUCUUGUUUUGAUAUGUUAAUUGGUGCUGAUCUAAAAGCCGUGUGACAAUAUUAAAGGGGCUCAAAGACUGAAUAAACAAAAGAACCUAGAACAAUUAAAAUUAAUCACAUGGUUUGACAUUUUUCUCCCAAGACACAAAUCACAGAAAUAAACAUUUAGAGAAAAUCGGUUGAAUUAAUACUGAAGAAAAUCUAAAGUAAAAGUUUUCUUUUGCUGACAGAUAUUUAUAGCAUUGUAAUUUCAGAAAAAUAAUGGAUAUUUUCCUCAUUAUUUUUUACACAUUCCUUCACACACUGUUUCAAACAGCUGCUUCAAUGAGAGAGGUUUACAGCAUUUGAAAGGACACUACUCUGGAAUUCCUGCCGUAAGCAGAUCUGCCUCCAAAAGCUCCAGGGCUGGUGGCACUGCCCAUCUGUACCUCUUUACUGCUAAGAUGUUUUUGUGCAGAUUCAGGUCAAACUUUGUACUUUGUAAUGAUGAGACACGGGAAGACAAAUGAGGGCAUUGACAGCUUAAGCAGUGUUAUAUAUAUUAUGCAUUAAAUGAAACGUAACUAUUUGCAUUUAUGUUCUGACAUCAAGUUUCAAAAUUAUGUCCAUUGUCCUUCAAAAUCAUUGUAGAUAAAGCUUGGCAUUGGAAAACUGCUGCUGCUUUUCAGAAUAAAGUGUUCACACUUUGAACUAGCAAAAAAAGCAGGAUGGACAAAUUUUAAAUUGUCUCUCCAAGCUGGUUGUGGGGCUAAAUAUUGUGAAUUAAAAACAAAACUGUCCAACAAGUUACUCAUGCAGUCUCAUCGGCCAUCACUGUUCGCCAAACUUUCAUGUGUGCUGAUGUUAUCUUCUUUGCAGCUGGCUUUAGAUUAGGUUCAAUUAAAUUUAGAUGUAAUACUGCCACCUACUGGUGCUACCACUGUGUAAUUUGGGAACAAAACACUAAAAGCUUGCUACUCAAUAAAGUAGAGAAGUCAUUGACAUGUGCCGAAUCAGAAAGGUAUGCUUAAAUAGAGUCUAUAAAUGGUAAGAGGUCAAGCUACAUUCUUUUUUCUUUUUUUUUGAUGUAACAGAAAAUCAUAAAUGUUGUAGCAUGCCUGCCAGUUUUUUUUUAAAUUUUCAACAAGGUCAAAGAUAUAUGCUAUGUUAUGUUUUAAGAACUUCUGUCAUCUUGAUUUAAGCAAAGAAGUAAUCAAAAGCCAGUUCAACCAAUUCUUCAGAUGCUAUCUUUGUACCAGUGGUUAAAAAGACUUGUGAUGAUGAUAACACCUCUGUCAACAUGUGUCAUCAUCCUGUAGCUGAUGAAAAUGUCUCCACUGUGCUUCAAACUGCACACUGCGAACUAUACAGGGUCCCUUUAACAGGCUGCUCUGGUGCUUUGCCCUCUGCUCAGGGCAUAGUGGGUGACGAAAGGAGGGAGGAAGAUUGUUGAUGGAAAAAUGAGCUCUGAUUGGCUGGGACUUGCACAGGGCAGUGACAUCACACCAGAGGAGAGGCCUUGUGGUGUAAAAUAACAUCUCCUUUUAUGGGACAGGGCAGACUGAUCCAUUGUCAGAGAAAGGGGAAAGUUGUUCAACAUUAUUUCCCCCAUGGCUGUUUUAUGUGACUAUUAUAAUACAAAGUUCAAAAAAGUAUUUAAAGUGUCGGCAAUACGAAGGUAAUACAAAGUCCAAAAAAAGUAUAUGAAGUGUCUAAGACAAGGUAAUUGUUAGUAGAAUAUUUUGAUGAUUUUUAAACUUAGGUUUUUUUAACUAGGUUUCAUAUAAUAAAAAAUAAAAUUAAACUUUUUAUCUUUAUCAAAAAAAGUGUUUUAGGGAAUCAUUUGUUACAGUUUGAGCUUUUUAAAUCAACAUAGUUAUAAAUAUUAUUUUCCAAAAAACAAUGCUCGGGCUGGGCCCCUACAACAAUUAAGGCUUAAAAAUGCUAUAUAAACACUCUUCUUCUCCUUUGUGAACUGUCUGACACUUACUCCACAUUAGCAAACCACACACAGACAGAAGGAAACGUUCUGUUUGCCGAUGAGCUUAGCUGAACAUGUGGCUUACCCCUGCUGUUUGCUGAUGUGGUAUCUCCCAAGAAGGAGCAGCCAGUCACCUCCCCACUUACUAAGUCAUAUUUCUCUGUACUCUAAGGAAAUGUACUGUUUUACCGAUUGGAGCAAAGAAAAUCUGUUUUCAACUGUCUUUUCAGCUGGACGCUCAGUGAUUUAAUUAGAAGACUGCCUGGUGGUCUUCAGUGAAUAGGGGUGCCAUAGAUAUUUUAGACUGACAAAGUCAUGUCGAGAGAACCUCUGAAUUUUAUGGAGAUCUGCUAAGCCCUCCCCUCCACCUUCAAAUGUUUCAGUGAUUGUGGCCAUGGCCUCUCAGUCAGGCAACAUGAACCGUGAGGACCGAAAUGUGCUACGAAUGAAAGAAAGAGAAAGGAGAAAUCAAGAAAUUCAACAGGGAGGAGGCGAGGCCUUCCCAGCAAAUUCCCCUCUCUUCCCCGAACCAUACAAAGUGUCCAGCAAGGAAGAUAAAUUGUCCAGCCGUAUUCAGAGCAUGCUGGGCAACUACGACGAGAUGAAAGAACCAAUUGGUGACACACUUCCAAAGCUUAGUGCUAAACCCUCUAACAGCUCGUCUUCCUCUGAGGAGAAAUCAGGAGGUCCACCUCUAUUUGUUGGGGACCAGCGUGGUGUAAGCAGCAGCGGCAGCAGUCAGAACAGUAAGUGGACUCCUGUUGGUCCUGCAGCCAGUGGAUCUUCAUCACAAUCACAGAAACGCUCAGGACUCCAAGGGGGCCACAGCGGCCAGAGGAACAACGGAGGCAGUAGCAGCAGUAGUAGCAGCAACCAAAGACACUCAGGAGAAGUGCGGGAAAAGAAAAUAAGCAAACACAGUGCAGCAUCUGAACAUUCAAAGACGCACACAUCGAGUCCGGCCAAAGGCUCGCUAAGUUCCUCAAGUGGCAACAGCCACUCUAGGAACUCCUUGGCUGCUGAGCAGCAUCACAGCAAAGAGCGUUACCGCUCCAAGUCUCCCAGAGACAGGGAGGCCAAUUGUGACUCGCCCUUACGGGUUCACACUUCUUUUACGAGUGGACAAAUAUCGAGUCAGGCCUUUCCCCCGUCUCUCAUGUCCAAACCCGGCUCCAUGCUGCAGAAACCAACUGCUUAUGUGCGUCCUAUGGACGGCCAGGAAACAGCGGAACCCAAGAGCUCACAAGCAGAAAGCUACAGUGCACAGUCACACAGCAGCACCAUGGGAGAGAUGAAGUCCAACGGCAAGGCCUCGCUUUCUAAACUCAAGAUUCCUUCCCAGCCUGUAGAGGGAUCAGGUGACGCCAACUGUGUUGAUGAAAUUCUGAAGGAAAUGACUCAGUCGUGGCCCCCUCCACUGACAGCCAUCCACACCCCCUGCAAAACAGAGCCUUCCAAGUUUCCAUUUCCUACCAAGGAUUCUCACCCAUUUUCAAGUGGACAUAAGCGGGGCAGUUCUUCUAAAAGCUCCAGCAGCCACCAGUCCAAAGCUUGUGACGAUCAACCCACUAGGCUUGAGGAUGACCUGAAGCUUAGCAGCAGUGAAGAUAGUGAUGUAGAACAAGAUCCUGCCAAGAAUGCCUCAAGGAACACGUCGGCAAGCAAUAACAGUGAAGGACCAGAACAGUCCCGCGAUGACUCCAGUAGUCACAGCGGCUCAGAGAGCAGCUCAGGUUCGGACAGCGAGAGUGAAAGCAGUACGUCAGACAGUGAAGGCAACGAGCCUCUGCGACCCGCUUCUCCUGAACCUGAGCAACCAAUGGCCAACAAGUGGCAGCUGGACAACUGGUUUAAGAAAGACAGUAAUGUUCCUCCAAAGUGCAAGAAGGAAGGCAGAGAUACCGGCUCAGGACGCAGCUAUGGCAGCCAGGGUGGGGGGUCAAAAGACUCAGUUGCACCUGCUCCCAGUAGAGAUCUACGAGCAGCACAGAAGGGAGCAGAGGGUGGCCGCGGUCGGCAAAAGUCCCCUGCCCAGAGCGAGGGUGGCACAAAUCCUCGUAUUCGUGUUGGCAAGAAACAGCCCAAAAAGUCUGAGAAGCCCCCCGUGGUGGAGGAACCCAGGGGAGGCUUGCGAGUAGAGAGUGAACCAGCUCCGGAGAUACCUCGAACCAAAGCUGCUACGAAGGGUUCUCGCAAACCAGUUAUCAAAAAACCACCCAGACCGACCCCGGCUACUGUUACCACCACUGUAGACAAACGCAAGCCCAAGGCUCCCAUGAAGACCUCUCAGCAGAAGUCCCGGGAGUUUGUGGAUACGGACUCCUCAUCAUCGGACUCUGAGGAAAAUGACAGCAUCCCCUCCUCGUCGCAGACGCCCAAGUAUCAGGAGAGCAUCAGGACGCCCGUGUGUGUGUUUUCUCCAAUGGAAGAAAAGGAGCUGUUGUCUCCACUAAGUGAUCCUGAGGAGCGAUACCCUGCCAGGCCACCUCAGCAGCAGGUUCUGCUGGUGAAAAUAGAUCUUAGUUUGCUAUCCAGGAUUCCAGGGCGUCCCUACAAAGAUCCUUCAGAGAUAAAAAUGGAGAGGGAAGACUCUGUUGACAGAGACAGCAAAGACUUCAGCAAACAGAACUCUGAGAAGAGCUCCAGUAAGACAAAGAGGAAACACAAGACUGAGGACGAAAGUUCAAAGCCAGAGAGCAAACGCUGCAAGUUGGAGGAAAAGUCUCUAUCUCAUCAUAAAAACAGCAGUAAAGAGUCUAAAAGGUCUUUAGAGAAAAAAGAGGAGCCUGUCCCUUCUCCAUCCAUGUCAGGUCUGCAGCGAACGCCCAAGGCAGAGCAUCCGAGUCGGAAGAGGACGGUCAGCCAGUCCGCGUCUUUGUCCAGUGGGACUGGAAGUGGAAAGGAGGCGGGGCACAGCAAUAAAGGCAACUCUAGCUCCAAGCAUAGAAAAGGAGAAGAUAAGGGACGCAGCACACGUGAUGGCAAGGACAAAUCCUCAAAGGGCUGUGAUAACCAGCUGGCUGUGCCUCCACUCUCCAUGGAGAGCUCUAAGUCUCAGAGAUCCAAGCUGUUGUUUGAAGACAGGGUCCAUUCAGCUGAUCACUACUUACAGGAGGCAAAGAAACUGAAACACAAUGCAGAUGCACUGUUGGACCGCUUUGAGAAGGCAGUUUACUAUUUGGAUGCUGUAGUGUCGUUUAUUGAAUGUGGUAACGCUCUGGAGAAGAGUGCCCAAGAGGCCAAGUCACCCUUCCCUAUGUAUGCUGAAACUGUGGAGCUGAUCAAAUACACUAUGAAGUUAAAAAGCUACUUGGCCCCCGAUGCUACUUCAGCAGACAAGAGGCUUGCAGUGCUUUGCCUACGAUGCCAGUCCCUCCUCUACCUGCGGCUGUUCAAGUUAAGGAAAGACAGUGCACUGAAAUACUCCAAAACACUCACAGAACACUUAAAGAAUUCACUGAGUAACACCCAGGCUCCCUCUCCUGGAAUGGGAAAUAAGGCAGCAGGUAUGCCCUCUCCAGUGUCUCCUAAGCUCUCCCCGGGCACGGCCGGUAGUUACUCGUCAGUCAGCAGCAGCAGCAGCGCUAGCUCGUCUGUGACCAUACCUCAGCGUAUCCAUCAGAUGGCUGCCAGCUAUGUCCAGGUCACCUCUAACUUCCUGUAUGCCACUGAGGUCUGGGAACAAGCAGAGCAGCUAUCAAAGGAGCCAAAAGACUUUUUCGUGGAGUUGGACAAAGUGAUGGGUCCUCUGAUCUUCAACACCAGCAGCAUGACAGAACUGGUGCGUUACACACGGCAAGGCCUCCACUGGCUGCGCCUGGAUGCAAAGCUUAUUCCCUAGCAAGGACUGGCUCCUGGCCCCCAGCUUCCACACACCACUCACCACCUCAGUCUCAGACUCCUGUGCUCAGAGACACAAGCAUGCCCUCGAGAAUCCACAGAAACACAGAAACUUCUCAGAAGUAUCUCCAGCACUGUGUCCAUUUUCUACACCAGCUUGCCAAAAAACCAAUGAGCAAUUAAGAAACAUCUCACACAUUCGACGACAGCACCACACAGGAAGAUGCAUCAAAAAACUGCUUCACGGGCAAAAAAGGAGCCUAUUGCCAUUCUUCAUACAGUAUAUCAGCAUUCUUACCUUAUCUGAAUGCCACGUUUUUAUCUCUUUGGCAUGGUAAUGCUGGAUUAAUUAUUUAUAACCAAUACACUAAGUUCGAGGUUUAGGUUCGUAGGCUACUUUGGCUUUUUUAACUUCUACUUUGUUUCACCAAAGUACCUCCCUUGAACACCACAGGUGCUUUAAAAACGAAGGUUUCUCUUUAUCAGUUUUGUGCCUUGUAUGUGAGCUACAGGAAAACAAACAGUCACUCGUCAUAACAGUAAUUUAUUUUUCUGUCACCUGUAGCCGCAGUCGUCAUUUUAUGCAUUUAUAAAAAAUAAUCACAUGAAUUUAAGUUUUUAAGAUCAUUAUGACUAUUUGUACUCACCCUCUCUUUCUGAUUUGGUACUGUGACACACUUGCAAACACAUUGGUUGGUGUAUUUCUAUUUAACGGUGUCUUUUAAUUUUUUAAUAAUCAUAUGCUUUUUUAAUCCUAUUAGGAAAGACAUGGCUAUUGUGAUUUAAUCCCCAGGGUUCUAUUGGGUGUAGUGAUUCGCUUGGCCUCUAGGGUCUGCUAUCAAAGCCCCUGGCCUUCGUCACGUUAGCACUAAUUAAGAGAUUCUCUUUCUACAAAUGUGUGGGGUUUUUCUUUACCCCGUGUAGCAAGAAAUCUUGAUUGAGGAAUAAUUCUUCAAGGAUCAGUGACUUCCUGUCAGUGUUAAUCUUGUUUUACUGUUUUACUGGAGUUUUUCUUUAAAAACAGAAAUCAUCAGGGACUAUCUAGAAAGUAUUGAACAUCAGCCACAUUUUGGUUUUUAGAAACUGGGCGUGUGUGACCACUCCAUUUGGCACAGUGGAAUGUCAAUUCUUCUGUGAGGAAAGAGCUUCCCCUGGAGAGCAAAAUCAGUAGUGAUGCAGAUUUGCAGUGUUGCAUUUAUACAACAGAGAUUUAAAUCUAUGAUUAUAUAUUUCAAGUAAGGAGUAUAAAUGCCUUUAUAGAUUUUUAUUUAUAUACCAAGUGACUUUUUUUUUAAAUUUCCUUCUGCUGAAGCAGAGGUGGAAUGUUUUAAAUGUGUACGUUUAAAACAGGGUUGAACCGGGGUUUUAGUAUGCAAUGUAUGUGUAUGUCAAUUGUUGCUAUAUAAAUUUAAAAGCUAAAUCUUACCUGUAUUACAAGCCUAUAGAUAAGAAUUUUAGGUUUAUUUUUAGGUAAAUGAUUCUUGGUGUAAGUCAGCAUGUCCAGAUUAAAACAUUUCCUUAUUUCACGUUGGUUUGAAAAUGAUGUUUGAAUUGACAUUUUCUAUCAUCCAACACUUUUUUCUGUUUUACAAACUCAGCAUCAGGAUUUAUAGGUUAACUGAAGAUGGGUUUAAAAUGUCAGCUGGUGAAAGACUGAUUUCUCCUUAACUUUAUGGACUUUUCCAUUAUUUCAAAUAUUAGCUUAGCUUUACCUCUAAGCCCAGGUUUCAUUGUUUCUCCUUCUUUCCUUCACUGGCUCCCUGACCUUUUUUGUAGGAGGGGAUACUGUUAUUUCCUUCUGCACUUAAAAAAAAAGUUAGUCAGAGGAUGUAUUAUUUUAAUCUAUGCAGGAUUUUUACAAACAAAAGUGUCUGUUUAUGUGGGGGUAUAUUUUCCAAGCUUAGGAUUUUUCUCCCUUCACCUCUGUUUUUUUUUUUUUUGGUCCACCUCAGUGAGAAGCCUGAUGAACUCAAAAGUGUCCAAUGCCUUUUAGCUUUUGCAGUUUUUUGAGUACUGGUUUAGAAUGAAUGUAUGAAUGUAUGCAUGCAUGCGCGUGUGUGUAAAUAGAUCUGUUUUUAUAACCAAACACAGAUGGCUUGAGCCAUUUUGUACUUAAAGCUGGAGGCCACUUUUCUCAUAGGAAUUCCUCUGUCUUCAUACACUGGUUCACUUUGUAAGUACAGGUCUGCGCCUUGUGUAGACAAAUGUAUAAAUUAGGCAUCAGAAUUUGUUUUUAACUGUUUGUUAAUCCCUUAUUUAUUUUUCUUUGCUCCUUUUUCCCCAUAUUACCGUUGCUAUUACCAUCUGAAAUAGGAAGGUAUAAAUGUAUAGGCUUUGUUCCUGAUGAAAUUUCAUUGUAAGUAGUGCUUAAUAUUAAGUCUAACCGUAAAGAAUCCAGGGUCAGAUGAUGUUUUUGACAUUCAGUAGGAAGAUGUUAAUACUUGCAUGUUUCUAUUUAAAUAUGUGUAUAAAUUGUAAAUAUAACAUUUCUUUAAGGGUGGAUUUCUACUACAGGUUGGCAUUUUUAUUAAAUUUAAGAAAUCCUGUAAAUAUGUUGGUGAAGAUACUUGAUGCACAUUUGUAUUUCUCUGUUGGCUUUUCUCCUGUGCUCUUCUUCCAGGCUGUUGCGGAGACGCCUUUAAAGAGUCUCUCGACGCUGUAUAUCCAAUGUGUCUCUCACUCCUUUUCUUACUGUAGUAUACUUGUAUCCUGCUUCAACCUUUCUCGGUAUCAUGUCUCUACAUCAUCAUCAAUGUCUCCAAAUCAAAGUGCGAAUAUUUUGUCUUCUCUGUAUUUGAUAUGGAGCUGUGUACUUUUCAUGAAAUGUAUAUUGUCGAUCCUAGGGCAUGGAUGAUGGGUGUGUACAGUCUCUUGUGUAAAACCACGUCUGUUUCUUCCUCAUGAGAUGUUUUCCCUUUUGAAGAAUCGGUCCAAGAUGUCUUUUGCAACAGAGGUAUUUCUCUACAAUGACAACAGUCGUAGCAAUUUAUACAGUACGUUGUAUAACACCCGUAUUUUCUAAAUCAUAACUCUAAAAGGGAGCCCUGCAGCAUACACUAUGUACGAUAGUCCAAUUUGGGUUAGUUUUACGAGAACUCACAGUAGAGAUACUAUGUAACUGAUGCAAUAAGAUGGAAGGUACUCCCUUGAGUUUGAUCUUCAAACUUAGGUUAUGUAAUUUAAAAGCAUUCUUGUGAAGUGAGUAUUAAUUGUGACUAAUGAGAGUCUGUCCUGAAUAUUCUUUGUAUUUUGCCGUAUUGAGAAUAAAAUAUAUCUAUAUGGA